AGAAUCAGACCCUAGAAACUUUUCAGAUAAGAGGUCGCGAACAAGUUCUAUACACGACAGUUAUUUUAAGGUGCUGUAGUUUAUUUUAACAUUUCUUUGUAUUUUUCAGAGAUAAUGGAGCAAUCACAAAGAAAUGCAGAAAUGCUUGAAUCAAGGCACAUUUCUGAACUACAAUCAGAAGAAAUGACGGUUGAGUUGGACUUUAAAGAAAUAAUGGCCAGCAGAGACAAAUAUACAACACUUGAUCCUAAUUGUCAAAAAGAGCUCCACACAAUCCAGAACUCCAGGGACGAGAUAGAACCCAAAUUGGAGGCAGUGAAGAAGCAUGAACAGCAGGCCCUGUUUGAAUCCCACGCAGAGGAAAUGCAGGGAGGGAACAAAAAUCUGUUGGCACACAAUGAAAAUCUGCAAACAAAAGUUAAUGAUCUCCAAAAAAAUGAGACUGAAGAGAGCAGGAGGCUCACCAUUGAGAUGGCCACGUUUAAAUCCCAGCUUGAGGUAAAACAGACAGAAAACGAUCAUCUGUUGGCAGAGAAUGAAAAUCUGUUGGCAGAGAAUAGAAAUCUGCUGGAAGACUAUGCAAAUCUGGAGCGAGAGGUUCAUGGUAUCCAAGAAAGUCAGACCAAAAAGAUCAGGAUACUCACCACUGAGAUGGCUACAUUUAAAUCUCAGCUUGAGGAAAAACAGACAGAAAACAAAAACCUGUUGGCAGAGAACAAAAACCUGCAUGCAAAAGUUCAUGAGCUUCAAGAAAAUGAGAGCGAACAGAUCAGGAUACUCACCACUGAGAUGGCAACACUUAAAUCUCAGCUUGAGGAAAAACAGACAGAAAACAAAAACCUGUUGGCAGAGAAUAAAAAUCCCCUGGAAGACUAUGCAAAUCUGGAGCUAGAGGUUCAUGAUCGCCAAGGGUGUGAGAACAAUGAGAUCAGGAGACUCACCGCUGAGAUGUACAGGCUUAAAUCUCAGCUUGAAGAAAAACAGACAGAGAACAAAAACCUGUUGGCAGAGAACAAAAAUCUGCAUGCAAAAGUUCAUGAGCUUCAAGAAAAUGAGAGCGAACAAAGCAGGGGCCUCACCGCUGAGUUGGCCACACUUAAAUCUCAGCUUGAGGAAACACAGACAGAAAACGAUAAUCUGUUGGCACAGCAUAAAAAUCUGUUUGUAGAGUUUGAAAAUGUGCUUGAAGAGAAUAAAAUCCUGCAAACAGGAGUUUAUGAUCUUCAAGAAUGUAACAACAAAGUGAUCAGCAGACUCAUCGCUGAGGUGGCCAUAUUUAAAUCUCAGCUUGGGGAAAAACAGACAGAAAAUGAAAAUCUGUUGGCAGAGAAUAGAAAUCUGCUGGAAGACUAUGCAAAUCUGGAGCAAGACAUUCAUGGUAUCCAAGAAAGUGACACCAAAAAGAUCAGGAUACUCACCACUGAGAUGGCCACAUUUAAAUCUCAGCUUGAGGAAAAACAGACAGAAAACAAAAACUUGUUGGCAGAGAAUAAAAAUCUGCAUGCAAAAGUUCAUGAGCUUCAAGAAAAUGAGAGCGAACAAAGCAGGAGCCUCACCGCUGAGUUGGCGACACUUAAAUCUCAGCUUGAGGAAACACAGACAGAAAACAAUAAUCUGUUGGGAUAUAAUGGAAAGCUGCAUGCAAAAGUUCAUAAUCUCCAAGAAUGUGAGAACAAAGAGAUCAGAAGACUCACCAUUGAGAUGAACACACUUAAAUCUCAGUUUGAGGAAAAACAGGCAGAAAACAAAAACCUGUUAGUAGUGAAUGAAAAUGUGUUGGAAAUGAAUAGAAAUCUGCAUGCAAAAGUUCAUGAUUUCCAAAAAUAUGAGAACAACAAGAUCGGGAUACUCACCACUGAGAUGGCCACACUUAAAUCUCAGCUAGAGGAAAAAGAGACAGAGAAUGAAAAUCUGUUGGCAGAAAUAAUAAAUGUGCUGGUAGAGAACAGAAAACUGAAUAUAACAGUUCAUGACCUUCAAGAAAAAGAAAACAAUGAGAGUGGGAGGCUCACCAUUGAGAUGGCCACACUUAAAUCUCAGCUUGAGGGAAAACAGACAGAAAACGAUCAUCUGUUGGCAGAGAAUGAAAAUCUGUUGGCAGAGAAUAGAAAUCUGCUGGAAGACUAUGCAAAUCUGGAGCGAGAGGUUCAUGGUAUCCAAGAAAGUCAGACCAAAAAGAUCAGGAUACUC